CUACCAGCCUCACAGCCACUCAGGAGAGCCUAUCAUCCUACUGUGUGUGUGUGUGUCUGUGUGUGUGUUUCCCAGCGUGUGCCUUCUCUCAGUCUUAGCCAAAAAACAAACAAACAAACAAAAAACAUGGGUAGACACAAGAUGUAUUUGGAUAAACUCUCCAGGUUCUUCCAGAUCCGCCACAAGCUGCUUCGUCAGGCGCUGGCAGAGUGUCUUGGUACCCUCAUCCUUGUGAUGUUCGGCUGCGGUGCCGUGGCCCAGCUGGUGCUGAGCGGGGGUUCCCAUGGCAUGUUCCUCACCGUCAACUUUGCCUUCGGCUUCGCUGCCACCUUAGGCAUCCUGGUCUGCGGCCAGGUGUCAGGUGGCCAUCUCAACCCUGCUGUGACCUUUGCCCUGUGCCUUCUUGGGAGGGAGCGCUGGAGGAAGCUCCCCAUGUACUUCCUUUUCCAGACAAUUGGUGCCUUUUUUGGAGCUGCUAUCAUUUUUGGCAUGUACUACGAUGCCCUGUGGGACUUUCCCGGGUGUUUCAAUAUGACUGGAGACUCUGCCACCGCUGGCAUCUUUGCUACAUACCCUGCCAAGCAUCUCACCAUCGUCAAUGGCUUCUUUGAUCAGAUCAUUGGAACAGCAGCACUGAUAGUUAGUAUCCUGGCUAUUGUGGACCCCUACAACAACCCCAUCCCCCAAGGACUGGAGGCCUUCACUGUGGGAUUUGUGGUUCUGGUCAUUGGAUUGUCUAUGGGAUUUAAUUCUGGCUAUGCCGUCAAUCCUGCCAGAGACCUCGGACCACGCAUUUUCACCGCUGUGGCUGGGUGGGGACUCGAGGUUUUCACGGUUAGAAAUGGCUGGUUCCUUGUACCUGUUUUCGCACCAUUCCUCGGCACCAUCAUCGGCGUCAUGAUCUACCAGUUGAUGGUCGGUUUCCAUGUGGAGGGAGAAGAACGUGACCGGAGAGAGGCCAGGGAGGAGAACGUCCGACUCACCAAUGUCCACGCCAACGACAAUUCCAAGGAAGCUACCAAAGAAAUCCACUGAGACACGCAGCUAAUCAUGCUAAAACAUGCACAUGUGAAAACCACCAGUGCUGCAUUUAACCACCUUGCCACAACUAUUUGAUUUUUCAAACCAUCUUUACAGCUGAUGGUAGGAACUCAUUCAGUAUAGCUGCGUGUUUGUGAAAUCACUUUUUUUUUUUUUUUUUAAUUUUUAAUUGUUUUUUUACAUUAUCAUUCAACUGUAUUAUACUGUAGAGGAAUGAUUGUGUGUAAGUAGAAACACAGAAUUACAUUAAUUCUUUUAAGAGACAAACAUUUGAAUCUUAGUGUGUGUAUAGGAGUCCAUUUUAACAGUAUUGUGUGCUUUAUACCAAUGUAGAUUUCCGUAACAUUUUAUAGCAUUAUAAAUACUUUGUAUACAGUAGACAUAUUAAGAGAGGUGUAGGUCUUUCCCAAUCGCUUUCUGUCUAAGUCCAGAGCCUGUCAGUGUUUAUAUUCAGGGAAAUUAAAAUCUCAAACAUGAAUCCUUUUUUUUUUUUUUUUUUUUUUAAAAACGUCUGUUUUACAAGAACAUAGUACGCUACAGUGUAGAAGAGGCUCGACCCUAGACGACAUCGACUCUGUUGUCUAGGGCUGACUGGUGGUGAGGCUUUCCCACAACAUUCUUCUCUUUACCACUGCAGUCUUAAAGCAGCUACUUUAAAGCUGCUAGUUUUUUUUAUACACUGCCCACAACGACCAAGAAAAUUUUUAAACAGCAAUUCCAAACUCAUUAUUUACCCUUUGUUUGAAAGAAAUGUUAGAAGGCGCUGGUUGUACCAAUCUUCUAGUUUCCUUGAAACGUCCGUCCCCAUCUAUGUGCUGAACCAUAUUCACGUUCUUUUAUGCCUCUUGAUGUUUUUCUGUCUUGUGUAUUCGUGGUUGGGUGCAAGACCACACUGUGAGUGUUUGUGUUGUAUUUGUAGGUUGAGGGGAAAUGCUUUUGUACCAAUACAAUAAAGUUCUGUUUUUUUUUUUUUAUUGUUGCAUGAA